CUCUCUGCUCUCUCACUCGUUCCUUCACACCGACGCAUUUCAUCUCAUAUCCGCAUUUCAUUUCAAGAUCGGUCUCGAGCGCCGAUGGGGACGACGACGGCGACGGCGACGCAAGCGUACGGCGAGCCGUGGUACUGGGACAAGCGGUACGAGACCGACUCUGGACCGUUCGAUUGGUACCAGAAGUACCGCUCCUUGGCGCCUCUUGUCAAUCUCUAUGUUCCUCGCGGAGAUCGUGUCCUCGUCGUCGGAUGCGGUAACUCAGAAUUUAGCGAGGGUAUGGUGGAUGAUGGUUACGAGGAUGUGGUGAAUAUCGAUAUAUCAUCCAUCGUGAUUGAAGCUAUGCAGAAGAAGUACUCUAAUCGACCUCAGCUAAAAUAUAUGAAAAUGGAUGUUCGAGAGAUGAGCGGCUUCGAUUCAUGUUCGUUCAACGCCGUGAUUGAUAAAGGUACCCUAGAUUCUUUACUGUGUGCACAUAAUUCUCGGCAAAAUGCUGCUAAGAUGCUCGAGGAAAUUGGGAGGGUCCUCAAGGAUAAGGGCAUCUAUAUUCUAAUUACAUAUGGAGCUCCAACAUACCGGUUGAAUUUGUUGAAAGAAACCGGCUCGUGGGCAAUAAAACUUCACGUGAUAGAAAAGCUUGUUGGAAAAUCUGACCAUAUAUGGGAGCUAAACAACCCUGUCCCCAUGGACAAUGAAGAAAACCCCACGGAAACAUUGUUGGGCAGAAAUCCUGACGUUCACUACAUAUAUGUUUGUACUAAGGUUAGCUCUACCGUGCACCUAGGAGCAUGAAGGGGAUGUUGUGCGAGGGUAAUGUAGUCAUUUAACCAUUCUAUGUUGUACUUUGUGACAGAAGCAGUAUAUGUACAGCCUCCCGAAAGUUUGGAUGUGUUUGCGUUAUGAGACUUCCUAUUUUAGCAGUUGCUUUGGUUUGAGAGUUUCAUGGUGAUUUUGCAAAUCCUAGGGUGCUGGCUUUUGGUGAUAAUUAGAUGGGACAGUGUGUUAUUUGUCCAAGUCCA